AUGACCAUGCAGGAGGUGGGGGCAUGCCCUGGUCCCCCACCGCCUUCAGAGGUGGCAGCCGAGUGUUGGGCACCUUGUCUACCACCCCGGCUGGCCGCUCUUGAGGAAGGAGGGGUGCUUUAUUUCUUCCAAGUGCUUUCAGAGCAGCUUUCACAUCAGCUCAUUGUGGAUGUUAUCUUGAUGAUCAAAGUAUGCAAGUGUUUCCGACAUGGACUGAAGGGAUUCUCUGGAUUUCAGCUGAUACGGAAAGACUGUCGUGAGGAGUUUGAGGACAAGACAACUGCCAAUACUGUGUUUGACCGGCAUGAGUUCAGUGUUUCGAAGGAUCAUUUUCCUUUUAGAGCAAUCCAAAUAACAAAGAAGCCACCAGCAUGGAGGACUGACCUUGAAGUAAAACACUUACGAAACCGCUUGCAGCUCCUGGAAAGCUUCCGACAAUAUAGCCCAACCCUGCAAAACCUUCUGGCCAGAGUGGUCCGCUUUGAACGGUUUGGGCGCAGGAGGGUUAUCAUCAGGAAGGGGCAAUGGGGGGACAGUUUUUAUUUCAUCAAUUUUGGUACAGUCGGUAUCACCGAUGAUGACGAUGGCAGCAGUGCCUUUGUAGAAGCAUCUCCAACUGUGCUUCGGAGCGGGGCUUCUUUUGGAGAACUUGCCCUUUUACAAGGAAAAAGGAGAAUUGCUACCGUUGUUUGUAUGGAGGAAACAGAACUGCUAGUGGUGGAUAAAAAGGAUUUUUUUGCCUAUAAAUUAGACAAGGAGCUUCAUCGAGAAUUCAGACAUCGAUAUGAAUUUUUCAGAGCACUGGACCUUUUCAAAACCUUGUCGGAUGGUUCCAUAGAGGCACUAGCCAAUAUCUGCAAAGUGGAGAGGUUCCACUACGGGCAGGUGAUUGCCAGCGACCUUGCAGAAUCUGCCACUGCUAUAUUUGUUACAAAGGGCAUUACAGAGGUGUUGCGACUGGUUGACCUCACCACUUGUCCCUCUUAUCAUAUGUGGCUCUUGAAACAACGGUGCCUUCGCAAACGCAAACCACAGGAGGAAAAGCGCUCUUUGGCGGCUGAGAUCACAUGUGUAGACAGGUUCAAAAGCACCAUGUGGAACUCUUACUCCGGGCAGAAACUGAAUCGCUUGAAAGACUAUUAUGUUCAACAGGAAGAGGAAAUAUAUGAAGACUGGAAAACACGAAGUUCUUUCUUCAACAAAAGCCAUAAAAGUGUCGUGAUAAAGGUGGACAUGGGUCAGAAGAGUGUUUUCUGUGAGCAACAGGAAGAAGAGCCAGAGAUUAUUCAAAAUGUUGUCUCAGGUGUGUGUGGGAAACAUUUAGCAUACACCACUUCCUAUGGAAAUGUACCAAGUUCGGUGGCUGCAGCUGUAUAUAUCAGGGUGGAUGAACUCCGUAAAGGGGAAUACACUAUAAGUCUGCAAGAUGAGCGUACCAUGAUCAUGGUAAGCCAAGGGGCUGAGAUCAUCCGUCUGCGAAAAGACAAGAUUGAGGAGUGCGCUGAUGAUGCCACAGUGAUGAAAUUAAGUAAUAUGCAGAUCCAAUAUCCCAGUGAUGAUGAGCUGUGUCAGAUCUUCCUCAGGCAGAACUCAUGGGAGAUGUUUAAGAAAGAUCUCCUGAACCUUGUGAUGCAGCCCAAGCUGGUGAAGAUGGUUCAUCCUCCGCAUCCGUGCCCCACAGAGGAAAUAUACACCUCUUGGCACAUGAAUCAAGCAGGUAUCUUGGACCUUUCUGAUCUGUAUUAUGGAAAACCAGUUCCACCACAGAAAGGCAAGUACAUUCCAGUCCAGCCAAAACAGACAAAAAGGGCCCUCCCAGACAUUCAGCCACGACUGAUUCAUGGCAUCACUGUAAUGCGUCCCAAUCUGGAUGGUGCAUUUUAGUGCAUCCCAAAGCUUUAUGUUCAUAGGUUAGCAGCAGCAAAAGGCAACUCUAAGUGGAAAAGAAGUGAUAUCGGCAACAUGUAUAUGACUGUGCAAUACAUGCAUCUUCAUUGUUGUUGUUGUUAUUAUUAAAAUACAGCCUUUGUCUUUUAUCAAAAAGGAAAGCCAUAGUCCUCUCUUUUUACAAUAGAUUUGUGUUGCAAAUUCCAAACCUGGUAAAUUCACUUUCUUUCAAUAUUGUCAUAGAGAUUUUUUUCC